AUGAAUUGAUUUUCUUUCCAGACUGGAGACUUUUUAAUUCUCGGAAGUGGUCCUCACGAUAGUUACCAUAACAAAAGGCCUCCAGUGAGCCGCCGGGUCAGAAACGAAACCAACAGAGCAGAACAGCGAAGAAGAUUCCGCUGAAAACGUCGUUUUGUUUUGUUUUGUUUUGUGGCUGCGACCCGUCGAAAGACACAAAGUCACGGCAGCACAGCUGAGCAGGGAGGCGAUUCGCCAGCAGAUUGAAACACCCCGCUUUCCUUUCCACCGAAGUGAAAGUGAAGUUAAUUCGGGGUAGCGUGUGAAGCUUUUGAAAUGUCGUGGCAGUGACUGACUUGUUGCUCGCCGCCGGAUGCGUUCAGGUUGUUCCAGCUGACUUCACAUCUGGCGCACAGCUCGCUUUGGUACCGCUUCUAACUGUCCACGAUGUCUACCAUCAUUUUCUUUGACCUGGAGACCACCGGAUUAGACACUGCAAGGUGUGACAUCAUCCAGUUGGCGGCCAUCUGUGGAAACAGGGUCUUUAAUGCCUACACUGUCCCCAGCCAGGCCCUCAGUAAGAGCGCCACAGAAAUCACAGGCUUCACUGUCCAUGGUGGCGACCUGUAUCUCCAGGGAGUACCGGUGGAAACCACCUCCCUUUAUAAUCUUCUUACCUCCUUCAUUGCCUUCCUUAAAUCCUUCCACCAUCCCGUACUGCUGGUGGCCCACAAUGCAAGGUAUUUUGAUGCGCCAGUGCUCACCAGGGUGCUGCGAGAGCUUGCCCUCCAGAGGGAGUUCCAGCAGGUGGUAUCAGGGUUUCUGGAUACCUUUCUGCUGAGCAAGAAUGUCUAUCCUGGUCUGAGAAGUUAUUCUCAGACCCAACUGGUCCUCCAUUUCCUGGGAAAGACCUACACGGCUCAUCAUGCUGAGGAGGAUGCCAGGAUGCUGCAGGAGCUGUUCAUCGCUUGGAGUCCUAGCAAACGGGAUAUCUCCAGAUUUACCUACAGGACAAACUUUCCAUUUUAAAAAAACAAAGCUACAGAAAAAAAAGAGAAACCAAUCUGACCAUGGAAAGAUUUUUCUUUUCUUUAAAAAAUAUUUUAAAGAAAAUGAAGAAACGUUAAUUUUAAAAAAUGAACAUUUCUUUUGCAGUUUUGUUCUCAUGAUGUACCCUCAGGGGCUUGAACAGGCUGAUUCAGAAAAAAAGAAAGAUAUGUGUAUUUAAUUUCUUGUGACCGGAAACAAUAAUGCAUGUUGCACCCCAAACUCAUAAAUAUUUUCACUCUGUAUGGUGAUUUAUUUUCAUUCAUUUUGUCAUCCUGCUAUAUUGUAACAUGUCUCAUACUUACAACUGCUGUCUGUUUUCCAUUGAACUGUAAUACAAUUUUCCCACAAGAACCAUUAAAUUUCCAUUUGAAUUCUA